AUGGCCCCCACAUUCCUUAGGAGUAGAUCCUUCUCACCACUCCAAGGAGGCUCCCUGCCCAAGAGCCUCACAGAGCCUCUUCUUUCGAGCCAAGGGAAGGGAGAAGACAACACAGAGAAGGAGGAAGACUCUAAGGCCAGACGCUCCAGCUCGACCACCGGACUCGAUCGAGUCCAAACAGAGGAAACUCAACUCGGUCGAGUUGGUCUUGAGGAGCCCAGUUUGAGGAUCCGGGAUUUGAGUACGAUCCAACGCCUUACCAGGAGCUCCCAGAGUAGAUGGAACCCCUAUGGACAGUACGAGCUAGCCAUGCUCCACCAAGGCCAAGGGAGCCACACACACUUCAAUGAAGAAGAGGAAGAAGAGGAGCCGCAAGCUCGAUCGAGUGAGGGAACCCAGUCGAGUGGAGUGCUCCUGAUGGCCGUCUACCAUCUCCAGACCACGACCUUGCCUCCCAGUUCUUUGGGGGGCACUGAGGCUAAGUUUGGGGGUGCCAACUCGAGCUCGAUCGAGUUGGGUGUAAAAACCAGAAAAGUGCGAGGGAAACUACCCUACACUCCUCGUCUCAUAGAAAAGUUCUCAGACGUGUAUCUCACUGUUUUCGGAUCUCACAAACGGCGGCGUGAAGAAGAUAUCUCACUGUUAUACAAACGGCGCGAUCAGGAAUCCUUACACUCUGAGAUAGUGAUCUCCCUCUUCCGUCUCCGUCGCUGA